ACUGAAUUGUAUGAACAUAGCGUAUAAAACAACCAUUGCAUUAAUGUUAUCACCACAGGAGAAAAAGGACAAGAUAAUCCGAUCUACGGAUAUAGAUGCGUUGAGUUGUCGUUAUAGCUCCAACAGGUUGUCAUAUUUCUUUCCAGCAGACCCAUACACAGAAAUAUUGGUUCAAUCUUAUCAAAAGAAUUUACAAUAUUGUCAGGGUUAUACUGGACUAUCAUCUGGAAGACUACUUCGAUCAUCUUUUGGGGAAAAGAAGUUUCCAUUGAUUAAUAGAGGUACUUACUUUCGAACUAAAGCCAUAGAUUUAAUAGUUGAUCAAUUCUUGAAGGAAUUUCCUCUGGGUCAAAUUGUAUCGUUAGGAGGUGGAUCUGACACCAGAGCAUUCAGAAUAUUGCAUAAAUAUAAACAUGUCAGCUAUUUUGAAAUAGAUUUCCCUGAAUCAGUAAAAAUAAAACAUUUGGCCAUUUUACAGUCAGAGGAAUUGAAAAAUAUAAUAGAAUAUGAGGGAGACGAUAAAGUUGAGAUCAACAAUAAACAAGAAUUUGAAAACUUCCAACCAUGCUUGCACACUCCUAGAUAUCAUCUUGUUUCAUAUGACUUACGUAAUUUGGCACAUGGUUCAAAAGAUUUUGUGGAACAACUUCAGACGUUCAAUCCAGGUUUACCCACAUUACUCUUAAGUGAAUGUGUUCUCUGUUACAUGAACCCUGAAGAAAAUAUCGGAUGUUUGAAGUAUUUCAAAGAUAUUUGUAUUGAUUAUCUUUCUGUAGUCAUUUAUGAGCCUAUAUCAUUAGGCGAUACAUUUGGAGCUACAAUGGCUAGGAACUUGUCAGAAAGAGGUAUAAAUCUUCUCACAUUUAAUGAAUUCCCUGACUUAAAGCUGAAAUUAAAAUUCUUGCAUGAUAUUUGUGGAUUCCAAACGGUGAGAUUAACUGACUUGAGUUCUAUAGCUGGUUAUGGACGUAGAAGUGAACCUCACAAGGAAUCUUGGGUGGACGUCCAAGAAAUAUAUAGAAUUAAUCAUAUUGAACUCAUUGAUGAAGUUGAAGAAAUCAGGCUUCUUCUUCAACACUAUUGUUUUUGCUUUGCAGAAUGGAGUCCUGCCCAAAAUCAAAAGCAUUUAGUAGGUAUUGAUAGAUGGAAUUGGUUAGAAUCUCUCAACUAAGUAUAUGAAACUUUUUAACUUUUUUUUCUUCCAAAUUUCGCAACCUAUUUAAAGUAAACAAAACUGUACCUUAAAUUUUGACUCAUAACUUUCAUAGAUAAAUACAUUUCUAAAAUAUGUUACUCUAUUUAUCGAAAGAUAUAUCGGAAAUCUCUACUGAGUGAAUAGCUAUACCG